AGUGGACGUGACAAGUAUGAGCCCACCGCCACAUCAGAACAUGGCGCCAAGAAGAAAAAGGGGAAGAAGGAGAGGGAUAUGGAUGAACUGAAAAAGGAAGUUUCAAUGGAUGAUCACAAACUCAGCCUUGAUGAAGUUCACCGCAAAUAUGGAACAGACUUAAGUCGGGGUCUGACACCUGCUCGUGCUGCUGAGAUUUUGGCUCGAGAUGGCCCAAACAGCCUCACACCUCCACCCACCACUCCUGAAUGGGUAAAGUUCUGCCGGCAGCUCUUUGGAGGAUUCUCCCUCUUACUCUGGAUUGGAGCUGUUCUUUGUUUCUUGGCUUAUGGUAUCAAAACUGCCUUGGAGGAGGAGGUGGAUAAUGACAACUUGUACUUGGGUAUCGUGUUGGCUGCUGUUGUCAUCAUAACUGGCUGCUUCUCCUACUACCAAGAAGCAAAGAGUUCUAAGAUCAUGGAGUCUUUCAAGAACAUGGUACCUCAGCAAGCCCUUGUGAUCAGAAGUGGUGAGAAGCUGAGCAUAAAUGCUGAAGGCGUUGUAGUCGGAGAUCUAGUGGAAGUGAAGGGGGGAGACCGAAUUCCAGCUGACCUUCGCAUCGUAUCCGCUCAUGGCUGUAAGGUAGACAACUCUUCACUCACUGGUGAAUCAGAACCACAGACCAGGUCUCCAGACUUCACCAAUGAGAACCCACUGGAGACCCGGAACAUUGCUUUCUUCUCCACUAACUGUGUGGAAGGCACUGCCCGUGGUGUUGUCAUUAACACUGGAGAUCGCACUGUGAUGGGCCGCAUUGCCAGUCUGGCCUCUGGACUGGAAGGGGGGAAAACCCCCAUUGCAACUGAGAUUGAGCACUUUAUUCACAUCAUCACCGGAGUGGCUGUGUUCCUGGGCAUCUCCUUCUCCAUCCUAUCGCUGAUUCUUGAGUACACAUGGCUGGAAGCUGUCAUUUUCCUCAUUGGCAUCAUUGUAGCCAAUGUCCCGGAAGGUCUGCUUGCUACUGUCACGGUGUGCCUGACACUAACAGCCAAGCGGAUGGCUCGUAAGAAUUGUUUGGUAAAGAACUUGGAAGCUGUGGAAACCCUGGGCUCUACAUCCACCAUCUGCUCGGACAAGACUGGUACCCUGACUCAGAACCGCAUGACAGUUGCCCACAUGUGGUUUGACAAUCAGAUCCAUGAGGCUGACACUACAGAGAACCAGAGUGGUGCCUCCUUUGACAAGAGUUCUCCCACCUGGAGUGCAUUGUCCAGAAUUGCAGGUCUUUGUAACCGUGCUGUGUUCCAAGCAAACCAAGAAAAUGUACCUAUUCUCAAGAGAGCAGUUGCAGGUGAUGCCUCUGAAUCUGCACUUUUAAAAUGUAUUGAAUUGUGCUGUGGUUCAGUCAAGGAAAUGAGGGGAAGGAACCCCAAGGUAGCUGAAAUCCCAUUCAACUCCACCAACAAAUACCAGCUCUCUAUUCACAAGAAUGCUAAUGCCUCUGAGUCCUGCCACCUCCUGGUGAUGAAGGGUGCACCCGAACGGAUUCUGGACCGCUGCAGCUCCAUUUUGAUCCAUGGGAAGGAGCAGCCCCUGGAUGAGGAGAUCAAAGACUCUUUUCAAAAUGCCUACCUCGAAUUGGGAGGCCUCGGGGAGAGGGUACUGGGUUUUUGUCAAUUAGCUCUGCCAGACGACCAGUUCCCUGAAGGCUUCCAGUUUGACACCGAUGAUAUGAAUUUUCCUGUCGAAAAGCUCUGCUUCGUUGGGUUAAUGUCCAUGAUUGACCCACCCCGUGCUGCUGUGCCAGAUGCUGUUGGCAAAUGCAGAAGUGCUGGAAUCAAGGUUAUUAUGGUUACCGGGGACCAUCCAAUCACAGCCAAAGCUAUUGCUAAGGGUGUCGGCAUCAUCUCUGAGGGCAAUGAAACGGUAGAAGAUAUCGCUGCUCGCCUGAACAUCCCUGUGAGCCAGGUCAACCCCAGGGAUGCCAAGGCCUGUGUUGUUCAUGGCUCAGAUCUGAAGGACAUGACCUCUGAACAGCUUGAUGAUAUUCUGACUCAUCACACAGAAAUCGUCUUUGCCAGGACAUCACCUCAGCAAAAGCUGAUCAUUGUAGAAGGCUGCCAGCGACAGGGUGCGAUUGUAGCUGUCACUGGUGAUGGUGUGAACGACUCCCCCGCUCUAAAGAAAGCUGACAUUGGUGUUGCCAUGGGUAUUGCUGGCUCUGAUGUCUCUAAACAAGCAGCUGAUAUGAUUCUGCUGGACGAUAACUUUGCCUCCAUUGUGACUGGUGUAGAGGAAGGUCGUCUGAUCUUUGAUAACCUGAAGAAGUCUAUUGCUUAUACCUUAACCAGUAACAUCCCCGAGAUUACUCCUUUCCUGAUCUUCAUCAUUGCUAACAUCCCUCUUCCCCUGGGAACAGUUACCAUUCUCUGCAUUGACUUGGGCACUGACAUGGUCCCUGCCAUCUCCCUGGCAUACGAGCAAGCAGAGAGUGACAUCAUGAAGAGGCAGCCCAGGAACCCCAAGACGGACAAACUGGUGAAUGAGAGGCUGAUCAGCAUGGCCUAUGGCCAGAUCGGCAUGAUCCAGGCCCUUGGUGGCUUCUUCACCUAUUUUGUGAUCAUGGCUGAGAACGGGUUCUGGCCAUCUUCCUUGCUUGGGAUCCGGGUCCAGUGGGACGACCGGUGGGUGAACGAUGUGGAGGACACCUACGGGCAGCAGUGGACCUAUGAGCAGAGGAAAAUCGUGGAGUUCACAUGCCACACAGCCUUCUUUGUCAGUAUCGUGGUGGUGCAGUGGGCAGACUUGAUCAUCUGUAAGACCAGGAGGAACUCUGUCUUCCAGCAGGGCAUGAAGAACAAGAUCUUAAUAUUUGGUCUCUUUGAGGAGACUGCCCUGGCUGCUUUCCUCUCAUACUGUCCCGGAAUGGAUGUUGCUCUGAGGAUGUACCCCCUGAAGCCAACCUGGUGGUUCUGCGCCUUCCCAUACUCCCUCCUUAUCUUUGUGUAUGAUGAAGUCAGAAAGUUCAUCAUCAGACGCAACCCUGGUGGUUGGGUGGAAAAGGAGACCUACUACUAAAAUGCUACUGUCAAAACAUUCCAAGCACCACGUCGCCCACCACCGCCCCCACCCCCUGCCCUGUGUGCGUACUUCGUCUUUGGAAUGCAGCAUUGUGCCCUGGUAGGAAGGAGCAGAAGGACAAGGGAGAGCAUGAAGAAACAUGGACUGGAGGGGGAACGGGGGAGGGAGUGUCUGACACAUCAGUCCAUGGGGAUGAAAGAGCAAUUAGUUUUUAUGUGCCUUUGUUUUUGUAAAAGGAAAGAAACUAAAGAUUUUAUAUUGGGAUUUUUACAAAUAAAGAUGGAUUGUACAGGAUGACUCGCA